AAAGAAAUGCAAAUCAAAUAUUUGCUAUUAAUAAGUCUUCUGCUUACAAUAACUAAGCAAGUGACAGUGACUAAAACCGAUACAUGUGAUGAUUGCACUUAAUUCAAAUCAUCCUAAGAUUGUAAAGCAUUUGGAUGUACCUGGACAGAGAAAACAGCCACAACAGCAGGAUCUUGUGCCAAAUCUACAGCUCCUCCUCCUGUUACCUUUACACCAUAUUGUUCAACAAUAGAGACAGCAAAUUGUGCUAAGACUUUUGGAUGUGCUUUAGUUGAAGGAAAAUGCACACAUUUCACAGGAUGUUCAGCUUAUGUCAAAACUACACACUCAGACUGCUAAGCCAUAUCUUACAUGUGUAUUACAAAUGGAACAACAUGCACAAAUGCACUUGAGUGUGUUGGAUAUACUAAAGAAUAAUGUGAAACAACCCCUAGCUUGAAGAGCCCAUACAAGUGUAAACUUGAUGGAGAAACAUGUAGAGACUAUAAAUGUAUUGAAGCUGAUUCAUCACUUACAACUGAUGCAGCCUGCUCAACUUGGUUAAGUGGUUGUAGAACAACAGGUGCUGGUUGUAUUGAUUUAGUGCCACCAUGUGCCAGUUAUUAAGGAACUUCUGAAACAUGCCCAAAGAUGAAGGGAUCAGAUGGAAAUUGUGAAUUUAAUGCCGAUGGAAAUGUUUGCAAAGCAAGAGUAUGCACAGGUGCAGAUACUGGACUUAACACUAAUGAGGCUUGCGCUUCAUAUUAGGGUGGAUGUGUAACAACAGGAAAAGGAUGUAUUGCAACUAGAGGAGCUUGUUCAACUUAUGAUGGAAAUGCUUCAACUUGUAUUGGAUAUAUUGGUACAGAUGGAGAAUGUGCUGGAGAUGCUACAGGUACUAAAUGCAGAGCUAGAUUAUGCAGUGAAAAAACUGCAACAACUGAUGCUGAGUGUGGUACUUGGAAGACUGGAUGCAAAUCAAAUGGAAAAUAAUGUGUUGAUUCAUUAAGUGCUUGUAGUUCAUAUGAUGGAACAACCACAACAUGUGCUGGAUUGAAAGGAUCAGAUGGUAAUUGCAAAGGAACUUCAACAACAACAGCUAAAUGUGCCUUAAAAGAUUGUGUGGCUGAUAGUAAUGAAACCUUUAAAACAUAAGCUCAAUGUGAAGCAAUUCAAUCAAAUUGUAAAACUACAGGAAAAGGAUGUGUAGCAACAUUAGCUGCAUGUUCAUCCUAUUCUUAUACUGAUGAUGGAACAUCUUGUAAUUCAUGGUAUGGAUCAGAUGGUAGAUGUAAAAAUGGAACAAGUGGAAAAUGUGCAGCUAGAGUUUGUACUGAAGCUUAAACAUCAUUAACUACAAAUAAAUAAUGUGAUGAUUACAAGAGUGGAUGUGUAACUACUGGAGCAGGAUGUGUAUCAACAUCUGUUUGUUAAGAUACUGUUAAAUAAAUUACUUGUGAAGGAACAACUAGUUGUGGAUGGAAUUCAAUCUGUGUUUCAAAGACUAGUUGUGGUUAAUUAUAGACUAAGUCUAUUUGUGAAAGUGUCAAGAUUAGCAAUAAGCCAUGUAAAUGGGAUACAGGUACAUGCAGAAAUGCAAGAUGUGAUGAUUUUACUGCCACAGAUGAUAACACUUGCAAUACAUUACUUGAAAAUUGUGUUACUAAUGGUACAAAAUGUGUUGAUGGUACUAAUUGUGCUGCUUAGUUUAAAGGAACAUAAUAAGCAUGCUAAGCUUUUAAAGCCAAAUGCACAAACGAUACUAAUGCAACUGAUACUGCUGUUUGUAAAGCAAGAACCUGUGACGAUUCAUAUCUCACUUAUGAUAAUGAUCAAGAUUGUGGUAAUUAUUUAACAGGUUGUGUGACAAAGGGAACUGGUUGUAUUAUUGAAACAGCUCUAUGUUCAAGUUAUACUGGUACUCCAGAACAAUGUGAUAAAUUUAAAGGAAACAAGACUACAAGAUGUUGGAAUACAGGUGCUUCUGGUGUUUCUGGUGCUUGUGUUGAUAAAUAAUGUACAUAAGCUACUAGCAUGGCAGAUGACUCAGCUUGUGAAGCAUUUUUAACAGGAUGUUUAUAUGAUGGAAAUGGAAGUUGUGUCGCUAAAAGUGCUGCAUGCACAGCUUAUACAGGUACUGCAACUACUUGCUUAAACUUUAAAGGAAGUAAUUCAGCUAAUCCAUGUUUCCAAGGCGUUGGAGGCAAGUGCAGAAAUAAAUAAUGUAGUGAUGAUACAACUAGCUCAAGUGAUGGAGAUUGCAAUACAUUUUUACCAGAUUAAUGUGUUACUAAGGGAACUGGAUGUAUUGAUAAGACCUCAGCUUGUACAGCAUUUUAAGGAACAACCGAAAAGUGUUUAACAUUUACUGCAAAAUCAGGAGCAGAUAAAUGCACAAGAUUAGAAGCCUGUGUAUCAAAAGCUACGACAUGUGCUUCAAAAACAGGAAUUGCUGCAAAUGAUGAUUGUUUAUCAUAUCAUGCAGAUUGUAGAUUUAAAUUUGGAGAUACUGUUUGCAUGCAAGGUUAAUCUGCUUGUACUAGUUAUGCAUUGACUGGUACUGAUGAUGCUGCUAAGUAAGCUUAUUGUAAUUCAAUAACAACAUUAUCAGCUGGUACAUGUAGUUAUAGUACAGGUGUAACAGGUACAUGUUCUGCCAGAGCAUGCAAUCUAUGGGUGAGUACAUUAACUAAUAUAUCAUGUGAAAAUUACAAUGGAACAGCUUCAUGUAAAUUAAAUGGUACUUCUUAUUGUUAUGCUCCUGUUGCUGAUUGUGCUUCAUACACAAUCCCAGGUACCAUAACAGAAAGUUCAGCUAAACUAGCGUGGUGUAAUGCAAUGUUCACAAAUGCAGCUACUCCAACUAAGUGUUCAUAUGAUUCAGCCACCACAACAGUAUGUUCUAAUAUAAAUACUUGUGAAGAGAUCAUUUCUCCUACCAGUGCUGCUGAUUGUAAUAAAAGAUUAGAUGAUGGAGACUGCUAAUAUACAAAUAGUAAAUGUAUUACAACUAAAGCAGCAUGUACUGGUUAUUCAUUAACUGGAAUUACAUCAGGUUAAGCUGCUUAUUGUUCUGCUUUGAAAUCAGAUGAUGGUUCUGGAGUUGUUAAACAAUGUGCAUAUAUUUCAACGACUUCAACAGCUAAUUGUGUUGAUGCAGUUAUUGUUACUACUUAUGUUCCAUCCAUUCCUACAUAUACUGAUCCUGCUGCUAUAACUAUUGGAGCUUGUAACACAAUUGCAUCACCUACAUCAUAAGCAGAUUGUAAUUUAGGAACUGGAAGUUGUAAAUAUUAUUCAGGAGCAUGUUAUGCUAGAGUUGCAUGCGCAAGUUAUACCGUUGUUGGAGCAGAUGCAGCUGCUAAGCAAAACUUUUGUUAGAAUAUGUAUGAUAAUACAGCAGAUGAAUAUUGCUCAUAUAAUUCAGCAGGUGCUGGAGCUUGUGUUGCUGGUAAAACUGCUUGUACUGAAUUUACUGGUUUAACUGCAGGAACAGUAGCCAAUGAUACAAAUGAUGCUGCUAAUAAACUAACAUGUUCUAAAUUUAGAGUUAAAUCAGGAUUUGCUUGUACUUAUGUUUUAACUGAAACAACUUGUAAUGAUCCAACUAGUGAAGCUAAUAAAUGCUCUGUUGUAGCUGAUGCUAGCAUCACAGGUGAUGCUGAUUGUGCUGCAAGAACAAUAUUAGGAUGCAAGAAAGAUACUGGAGCUGCUUGUAUAGCAAGAGGUGCAUGUACUGCUGCUGCACCUACUGGUUCUGGAGAUGCUUAAGUCACAAGCUGCUAAGUCUUUAUUGGUCCUGAUUCUAAAUAUUGUACAUAUACAAGUGGCGCAAAUUGUGCAGUUGCUCAAAGUGCAUGUUCAGGUUAUGGAUCUCUUCCAUCUGGAACUGAAUUAGCUUAUUGUCAAUUAAGAAUUAAUGAGAAAGGAUAAAGAUGUACAUGGGUUACUAGUGCUACUGCUUGCUCAGAUUCUUUAGCUACUUGCGCUGGUUAUACAGGUCUUACUGGCUCUGAUUUGCUGUCACAAUGUUAAGCAAAAAUUGAUAAAACUGGAGUUAAAUGUUCAUGGAAUACAGGUACUUCUGCAUGUAUUGCUGCUCCUAAAACAUGUGCUGGUUGGAGUACUAUUCCAACCUCAGGAUAAUUAGAAUUUUGUUAAGCCAGAAUUAGAUCAGAUGGUUAAAGAUGUUCAUGGGUUAGCGGUACUACAUGUACAGAUGCUCAGUCUACUUGUGCAUCAUAUAAUAGUCUUCCAGCCUCAGGAGAAUUAGCUUAUUGUUAAUUAAGAAUUAAAUAGGAUGGAGGAAGAUGUUCAUGGAGUACUGGUACUGUAUGUUAAGAUGCCCCUUCUCUUUGUAGUGGAUGGAGUACUCCAUCAACUGGAUAGUUGGAAUUUUGCCUUACAAAAAUAAAAAAAGAUGCAGGAAGAUGUUCAUGGAGUAGUGGUACUGCAUGUUAGGAUAUGCCAACAGCAUGCACUGACUGGAGUUCUCUUCCAUCAUCAGGAUAAUUAGAAUUUUGUUAAGCUAGAAGUAAUACAGCUGGAAACAGAUGUUCAUUUGCUACAAGUGCAACUACAUGUUCUGAUUCUCAGUCUGCUUGUACUGGAUAUGGUUCUCUUCCGUCACCAGGAUAAUUAGCAUAUUGUUAAGCCAGAGUUUCAUAAAAUGGAACUAAAUGUUCAUGGAGCACUGGAGGAACAGCUUGCAGAGCUUAUUCAUGUGAAGAUACAGCAUCUCCUUAAUCAUAAGCUGAUUGCGAUUGGACUGGAACAGGAUGUACUUAUGAACCUCAACUUUAAAUUUGUUAUAUACCAUAGGCAGCAUGCACAAGUUAUACUCCAACAGGUGCAACUGAGGCUGAUAAACUUAAUUAUUGUAAUAAUCUAGUAAAUUCUGCUUCUCCUGCUGUUGGAUGUACUUACAUCAAAGGAAAAGCUAGUGUUACAACAUGUUCAGUUUUAGCUGCUUGCACAGGAUAUGAUGUUUCAGAUAUAACUGCUGCAGCUGAUAAAUUAGCUGCUUGUUAAGGUGCAAUUCCUACUUCUGGUUCAUGUACAUACUUUUCAGGAAAUUCUUGUGUUGCUGUUGCAGCAUGCAAUACAUAUACUUCAUAUGGUGGAUCAGAUGUAGUAGGUGAUUGUGCAAAAUAAAAAGGUACUACUGGGUUAUUAUGUUUUGGAUCUGGUACAGCAUGUGCUGCAGCAACUUGUGAAAAUGUUACAGGAGCAACAAGUAUUGAAGAUUGUAAGAAAUACGCUACCAAUUGUGUAUACGCUAGUGGUAAAUGUUAUACUGAAUCAGCAAAUUGUACUUACUCUACUGGAGGAACUAAUGCAAUUUCAUUUUGUAAUGGUAUAAAAAAUAGUGGUGGCAAUUUCUGUACUGCUGAUGCUGAUUCUAGUGCUAAUUGCAGAGAUAGAGCAUGUGAUGAUACUGCAACAAAUAGUUUCUAAACUCAUGAUGAAUGUAAGAAUUAUCAUUCAACAUGCAAAUCAGACGGCUAAGGUUGUAUACUUGCAUCAAAAACAUGUGCUUAAUAAAGUGGAUAUCUUAGCUUUUGUGAAUGGGCAUUAGACACUAACAGCAAAUCAACUUGCGCUAAAGCACCCGCAGCUACAACUAAUGAUGCCUGUACAAAGUUGACUUGUGAUUUGAAUGUUACUGCAACCACUGAUUCAGAAUGUAUAUCCUUCAAUUCUGAGUGUUUGAAUAAAGGAUUUGGUUGUAUUCACAAAUCAGAGUCUUGUUCCUCUUACUAUGGUACAAAAGAACAAUGCUAGAAAUUUACAGGAAAUGAAAAGAAAUGCUUCGGAGAUUCUGCUACUACUAAAACAGCUUGCAGAGAUAGAUAAUGCACUGAUAUGGCUACAGCUACCAGUGACAGCGAGUGUGAAAAUUUCUUAACUGGAUGCUUAUUCAACGGAGUUGGUUGUGUACAUAAAAGUGCUGCUUGUAGUUCAUAUAAGGGAACCUAAGCAACUUGCUCAGGAUUUAAGGGAAGUACUGGAACCAAGUAUUGUUGGGGACCCAGUACAACAGUCGUUGGAAAUUGUGCUGAUAGAAAAUGCUCAGAUAAAGUUGGCACAACUGAUGCAGAAUGUUAGACAUUCUUGCCUCCUAUUGCUCCAUCCAAAGCAUAAUUAUGUAUUACUGAUGGUAAAACUUGUGUUGAUAUUGGAAAGGCCUGCUCAUUCUUUAAAGGAAAUGAUGACACAUGUUUAUUAUUCACAGCUAACGAUGGUCCAUGCAAAGCAAGUGCUGUUUCAGCAUCUCCUGUUGCUUGCGCUCCUAGAGUUUGCUAUGAGGCUCCUAAUACAUAUACAACUGAUGAUUAAUGUUCCAAAUAUCACCCAACAUGUAAAACAACAGGUAGAGGAUGUAAGAGCUCUGUUGGAUGUGGAGAGUUAACUUCACAAGCUUCAUGCACAGCAAAUACAUCAUGUCAAUGGGCAGGAUAAUGCAGAACUUUACCAAGUACAUGCGGUGCAUUGACUACUUAUGGUUAAGCAAUUUGUACAAAUACACCAUUGUCAAACGGAAAGAAAUGCGCUUGGUAUAAUGGUUCUUCUUCAAAUGUUUGUAGAGAUUUCACAUGUGCAGAUUAUGAUGGAUCUAUUGCAACUCAUAAGGAUUGCAAUGAUAAAGAUACAACAUGUACUACAAGUGGUGCUGGUUGUGUAACUUUGGGAGUAUGCUCAUCAUAUAAAUCUAAAUCUAUUUGUGAAGCUGCAAAUACAACUGAAACAUCAGUAAGAUGCACAUGGAAUUCUACAACCGCAGCUUGCAGAUAAAGAUAAUGUGCAGAUGGAGUGUUUACCACUGAUGAUGCAUGCAACACAUGGCUUACUGGAUGCAAAACUUCAGGAACAGCUUGUGUUGGACCAACCUUUGGAUGUGAUGUGUUUACAGGAAAUCCUAAACUCUGUUUGAAGAAUAGUGCUGGAAACCCAUGUUUAUAUGUUAAUGGAGUUUGCUAUGAUUAUGACAAUUGCACAGAUGUCGGCUCUUCUACAUUCACAUUCUGCUAAGCAUUCUCUAAAUAAUGUGUACCAACAAAUACAACUUGCAGAGCUAUUACUCUAUGUGAUAAAUAUGAAGAUAUCAACUCAUGCUCUAUUGGUGUUAAUAGUACUGUAUGUGGAUGGUUACCUGAAGGUAAAUGCAAAGAAUACACAUCAUGCAGUGAUGCAGCUGGUACUGUUCUAUCAGCUUGUACUAGUUGGGGUUCUACUUGUGUUUCAGAUGGAACCAAAUGUGUCGAUAAAGGCACUUGUGCUUCAUAUUUAACAACUUAAGCUUGUGAUAAUGCAGGUACCGAUGGACUAUGUUAAUGGACUGGAACUGCUUGUAGAUUGAGAGAAUGCACAGAUAAAGUUGCUACAACUGAUGCUGAAUGUUUGGCUUAUACUGUUAAGAGUGGAAUCUGCACAACUGAUGGAGCUAAAUGUGUUCCUAGAGCUACAUGUUCCUCUUAUUUAACCGAAGCAGCUUGCACAAUUGGAUAAGAUGGAAUUCCAUGUGUAUAUGAUUUACCAGUUGGUGCUACCACAGGAACUAAGUCUUGCAGACCUAAGGAAUGCACAGAUGUCAAAGGAACUACUAAUGAUGCUUGUAUAGGAGUUAUUCCAAAUAAAGCUUGUGUUUCUAAUGGAGUUAAUUGUGUUAAAUAAGAUACUUGUGCUAAUUACAAGAAUAAAUUAUCAUGCAAAGCAGGAGGAUCAGAUGGAAAAUGCGCAUUUACUCCAGCACCAACUGCUGCUGAUCCAAAUAAUGGAACAUGUGUGUCAUUCAAAUCUUGUGAAAAUGGUAACAAUGAUUAAGAUGCUUGUAAUAGUAAACCAAAGGCAUGCAAAUGGUAAUCUACUACAACUGGAACUACCACAACUACUAAAUGUGCACCAAUGGAUUGCGCUGGAGUUGCUUCUGGUACAGUAUGCAACCCAUUCCAAAGUUUCGAUGGAGCUUCAAGCACUAUUUGUGUUUUGGUCAAUAAUGUAUGUUCAGUUAGUGACCCAUCAACUCUUACAGCAGAAUAAUGCUAUAAAGCAACAACUGUUUAUACAUACACUUGGAAUGAAUCCACAAAUAAAUGUGUUUCAUGCAAAACUCCAACUAAUAAUAACAAUAACUCAACCAAUCCAAACACAACAGACCCAGACACUAAUACUGAUGAUAAUGGAUACAUCUUAGGUGUUACAAUUCCAUUGGUUAUUUUUGGAAUGUUCGUUUGAUUUUGAUUUAAAAUUUAUAUAGGAAAAUUUACAUAAAUUAAUCCAAUCUUGACAGCUUGUUCAUUAAAAGAUGAAUUAUACUAUCUCUCUGAAAUCAUAUACAAUGUAUUUUUUUUAUUAUUCAC